AUGGAGGUUGUCCAAGUGCAGCCAAGAGACUCUUAUCUCCAUUAUAUCUAUGUGCCUUCCAAGGGUACCGCCAUACGUUGGUCUUUUACAACAAGACGUAAUAAUAUCGCAUUUGGUGUUUAUCGACGUCGAGGACAAGCUCCACUUCCCUCUUCCUCCGAGAUCAUCUUCCAUGCUCAACAACAACGACAGCAUUCAGCAGGUGAAUUGCUCUUAAACGACAAUGGCAGCCUUCGCAAACAUCAAGACGACGAUGAGUCUGAAAACGGCAAUGGCCACGCUCCAUCCUUGAACGGCAGCAUUGCAGGACGUCCACGGGCGAAAUCCGUAGCUUCGACUAAGCUCAGGGAACAGGGCCUUGAUGAAAUUAUCCCGAUCCAGCAUAUGAACUCGAGUAGCGUCAAGAUCGAAGGAUCUUAUGUUGUUGAAGAGCCUGGAAACUAUGUUCUCGUGUUUGAUAACACAUUCUCUCGCAACAAGGCAAAGACGCUCACAUUUUCGGUGGCUCUUGUGGAAGGUGGCAUGCAAUCAUCCGCUUCUCAGUAUGAAAUCUCGGGUUGGUUACUCAAAAAGAAACGCAAAAAGAUGCAAGGAUGGGCCAAACGAUGGUUUCAGCUUUCACCCUCUGGUGUCUUGUCCUACUCCAUUUCACCCACAAGCGUUACACGAGGCUCAAUUCAAAUCAUGCUGGCCACCAUCUCGUCCAACCCAGACCAACGUUUGAUCCAUAUUGAUUCGGGUACAAUGUUGUAUCAUCUAAAGACGCUUACAACGGAGGAUCAUGAUCGAUGGACCGAUGCAUUCCGCGCUUAUCGUUCUGGUGGCAAUGUUGACGUCAAUGGUAAUGGCACGGAUCCUUUGGCAUCAUCGGAUGAGCAAUCAAGCCCAUUGCAUCAAGAAAUUGACCGUGGUUUACAAAGUGCUCGUGGAUUGGGUGCUACGGUGGAUCGAUUUGCUGAGAACAUCAAUGUGCUCAAGGCAUUGUUGGAUCAAGUUUCACAUGUUCCUGGUACUCAAGAAUUGACGCCCAAGAUUGCUGGUCUCACGCAACAGCUUGAACGUGAUCGUAACGAGAUCUCAACCUACACCAAGGAACAGCAAAAUCAUUGGCAAGUGAUUCAUGAGGCUCUAUCCAAUACUACACAUUCAGCACCCACCUACCAGAAUGGCGAAUUCGAGCCCUCCUCAGAUCUCAAUCGCAUGUCCACUAGCGCACGUUCCUCUGUCUCUGAUCUAUUUUACGAUGCUGAGGAUAUUAUUCUAAGUGGUGGUGAUGACGACUUUUUGGAAGAGGGUGACGAGGAAGAAGGCAAUGACGAUAGCAGUGAUGAUGAUGAAGAUACCGAGACAAAUGAGCAGGAAAGUGAUGGCUCGUUGGAACUUAGUAUUGCUGGUGACGUCGUACGCCGAAAUUGCCUUCCAUCGCAUGCUGUGGGUGAUGUCGGAUCAGCACUAUCAGUAUUCCGCAAGAAUGUCGGCAAGGAUCUCUCGACCAUCUCUAUGCCAAUCAGCAUGAAUGAGCCACUUAGCAUGCUUCAACGUGCUUGUGAGGAGCUUGAAUAUUGCGAUCUCUUGGAUAAGGCGUCCACCCUUUCAGAUUCAAUGGAUCGCUUGAUUCAUAUUGCCAUCUUUGCUGUAUCAAGUUACGCUUCAUCACAAUAUCGAACAGGCCGAAAGCCAUUUAAUCCCAUGAUGACUGAAACAUACGAAUGCAUUCGACCUGACAAAGGCUUCCGCUUUAUUUCGGAGAAGGUUUCACACAAUCCAUUAAUCGUUGCUGCAUACGCUGAAGCUAAAAAGUACAAGUACUGGCAAAGCACAAAGAUCAAAAGCAAAUUCUGGGGCAAGUCAAUGGAAUUCAUGACCGAAGGAACAUUCCAUGUGACUCUCACUGGACAAGAUGACCAUUUCACAUACAACAAGCCAUCAAGCUGGAUGCGUAAUAUGAUUGCCGGUGAAAAGUACCUCGAGACAGCUGGUGAGAUGCGUGUCACCAAUCAUGCCACGGGUGAAUACGCGACCGUGACAUUCAAGGAAGGCACUGGUGGCGGCUUGUUUGGCGCACCUUCGAAUCGUAACGACAUUGUGGCUACAUUCUUUGAUAGCAAUGGAAAGAAAUGCCGUCGUGUGGUGGGCAAAUGGAGCGACAAGUUAUCAGAGGAAGUGGACAUGAACAAACGCAAGCUCAAUGUUCUUUGGACAGCCAAUCCACCUGGAUUAGAAGACUACUCAAAGUAUUAUGGAUUCACUCGUUAUUGCGUGGAGCUUAACGAGAUCACUGAAAUCGAACGAGACAAGAUCCCCAUCACCGACACACGUUAUCGCCCCGAUCAACGAUUAUAUGAAAACGGUCUUGUCGAUGAGGCAGAUGCCGAGAAACAGCGGAUAGAGCAAAAGCAGCGUGAGCGACGGAAGGAAUUUGAGCAGCAAGGCGUUGUUUGGAAACCACGCUGGUUUACACUCCAACAAGAUGCAUACGCAGAUCCAUCCUUUAUUCCUCAACCAGAAGAUAGCCCCACACCCAACACACCCCAAUCGUUCCAGUAUACCGGCCAAUAUUGGCAAUGCCGUGAAACUGGUCAAUGGCCCAGUGAUAUGUUUGAAUUAUGGUAG